AUUCAUCACAUGUUUACACGGCGGCUUGCUAUUAUUAUUAUUUAACAUCUUUGUAAAUAAACCAAAGAGUGCAACAUGUAUCUGAAUUACGCACCCCGAGCACAAUGGAAGUUCCUGCAAUAUCUCAUGCAAAUACGACAGUUGCAGUUGCUGAGGAGACAAGUAAACAUUGGGGCAAAGCCGCCUCUGCUGCCGGCAGCGUCAUUCCUACCGGCAAAUGGUCUUCACCUGGUCCCGGCGACUGGGCGCCAACAAAAAAGCUUCAUCGUAACAACUGCCACGGACAAAGACCCUCUACUGUCGCGUCUAGAGGAGACAAAAUCGGGAGACGAACUUCUGGAGUUGUUGAUAGAAAGUAGUGAAAAAGAUGUACUGGACGGCUCUCAUCUGGUGGAGAGCAUCUCACUCCUCUGGAAGCACUACCAAGGCCUAGAUCAGCCAGGAAGAGAUACUCUCACGAAGCGUGUGCUAAAGGAAGUCCUGCCCCAACUCAGUACCCACCAUAUAGACCACCUGGACACUAACGAUCUAAGUCGCUGCUACCUCCACCUGCGGAAAAUGCGGAUAGCAAACCACGAGCCAGCCGUCGAGGCGGUUUUGAUGCGAGUUCUUCGCCUGAUAGACAGUGCAGUAGAUGGAAGUUAUGUGAUUCCUCUGACCGCCUUAUCACGCCUGUCGGUGGGUAUUAACUUGGAACGCGACUUCUUUGCGCCUCUUGUGUGCCGCAACUUUGUGCCGCAGUUGGAGAGGCACAUCAACCAAUGCAGCACCGAAGAACAGGUUCGCCUCUUAUCCACCUGCCUCUUCCAGCUUCACAUGCUCAUUGAUGAUCAACUGCUUCAAGACUUUAAGCAUAGAGUGACUGAGAUGCUGCACAGCGGCGACCUCAGCUGUGAAACCCCCAAGGCGUUGCUCAAGGUGCUCCACAUGCUGAAUAUUCCGGUAUGGUCACAAGAUCACACACCGUUAAUAAGAGAGAUCAUGCUAGCCCUGGGCCCGUGCAUUCCCCACUUGGAGUCUGGAGAUUUGAAGAGCGUGUGCCGUGCGUUUCUGCACCACCAAGAGCCUGCCACUUUGACGCAGUCUCUUAAAGACUCCACAGAAAAGUUACUGAAGGAGGAAAGAUCGGCAGACGCUUUGUCUUGUGCCGUCCACUUUGCUACUCCCCUGCAAAGGGACGAGUACAUGGAAACUUUUCGCGAUCUGAUUAACUGCGAAGAGGCCUGGCUCUUUCCAAGUGCAAGCGGACACUUUUUUAGAGUGUUGCGCGCCUUGAAGAUCUCCGACCUGAGAAUGUGCAACACCUACUGGUCGGGAGUCGUGCGAGAGCUGGACUCCUGCCUGGAAGAGCAAACCCACCUGCGCUUCUUGAGGCACUGCCAACGCUAUAUGAACUUCAACAACAACCUGGGAGGAACCUACCGGCACUUUACCGUCGAGCGGAAGCUGAGUCGCAUGUGCAUGAGCGCCAUAGAGGGGGACAUUGCUGGCAGACUGCCAACGAAAUUUGCGCGCAUGGCGGCGUUUGUAUUGGCCUACGGACAGACACAAUUUGCUUGGAAAAAAUUUCCCAACGUAAUACUGAGCAAGAUGCUAUCGAUGGCUCCGCAACUGGACAUUCAGGAUUGCUUUCUGCUUAGCCGCGGCAUGCAAAUUGCCAGCGAAUUAAGAUUUCGGCAGCAUCUUCCCCCACUGGCUGGCAUGCAGCUGUCCACCAUGGAUAGCAUCCUCAUCGGCUGUGCGGAAAGACAUCUAGCUGACACCGAUGACAAUCCGUUGACUCCUGGUGAACUCAGCAUGAUUGUCCGAACCCUCAGCCAUCGCAAAACUCUGAAGAAUACCUUGGUAUACAAACAAGCUCUGGUACUCUAUAAAUCUCUUCACUGCAAGGAUCUAAAUUCCCGAGUGGUUCGAGACAUGGCGUACAAUUUCAACGCAUCGCACUUCUUUGUGCCAGAGUUAUUGGAGUCAAUGUUUGGCUACAUUUCCGAGCAACAUGACCACAUCACCGGAGACACCGUUGAGAAGGUCUUAACCUGUGCCUAUAACCUGGGUUAUACACCUGCAUCUCCCCAUGUCUUGCAUCAUGUAGCUAACGUAUUACUCAGAGACUUUGAUCAAAUGAGUGGAUUAUCACUCGUCCAAGCCUGCCUGGCACUGUGCUUCUAUAAGUCCAUACCGGAGAAGCUGAUCAAUAACGUAUUCUGCGUGAAGUUUAUUCAGCGGAUUGAGGAUGAAAUACAGGUCUGUUACUCCAAGGCCACCUAUCCAGAAAGGGUGCUCAACCUGGUAAUGCAGCUGAAUCGCACAGUCUGCCUGGAUUUACCCGAGGCGAACGUGCCGUGGUUUCAGCAGAACUAUAUCGAAGCUCAGAUGAGCAAAAAGCCAGCUCGGUCCAGUACCUUCACCACCGAUGUUAAACAACUUCUGCAGAAUCUGCUAAAGAACGAUAAUCACUUUCGCUGCAAUCAUACGACACCGUACGGCUACCACAUAGAUUUUGUGAUUCACUUCGAUCGGGACAGGAAGCCAAUACCAGCACCUCCUGCGGAGGUCACCAUGUUAGAUCGUAUAACUAAGGUGGCCAUACUUCUGCUAAAGUUGGAUUCGUUCUGUGAAAACGAUUUGACUGCAUUGAGAGGGCCCGAGUCUAUGAAAAUGAAGCAUUUGGAAAUGAUGGGCUACAAAGUGCUGCAAAUAAAUGAGCAUGACUGGAACUCUAAGUACAUGGCGACACAGGGUGCCAAGGAAAAAUUCCUAAAAUGCUUGCUACAGAUUUCUCAAUAGUCGUUGUUGAUUAGUUACAUUCGUUAGGUUAACAUGUAACUUUAAAGUGUAGGAUUAUAAAUUUAUAUGAUUUUAUGUUAUGUUAACAUUUUGUUAAUAGAUAAGCGAAAGGUGAUACGCCUUCACCUUCGUUGUUUUUAUACCCUUGCAG